AUGACUAGUCAGGGUUCUUCUGAGAUCAAGCAAGAACACGCAGCAGUAGCUGAUUCGGUGAACUCUUCAGAUGAUGGAUUUCAAGUUCUGACCAUCAUUAAUAGAGAAACCCGUGAAACUAUCGUUAUCAAGAAGGACUGGACCGAUGCAGAAGAGCAAAGACUCGUUCGUAAAUUGGAUUUCAUUAUAACUCCACUAAUCUUCUUUGGAUUUUUCCUUCUACAACUUGACAGAGGUAACAUUGCAAAUGCCUAUACUGACGUUAACUUGAUUAACAUGUUGGAACUGAACAACUACCGAAUUAAUAUUGCAAGUGCUUUAUUCUCGUUAGGUAUUGUCAUUUUUGAAAUCCCAUUCAACGUUGCUCUUCAAAGAGUCAGCCCUUCAGUGUUUUUGAGUUUUCAGAUUUUUGCUUGGAGUUUGGUUGCGACUCUUCAAAGUCAGUUCACCAAUUUGGCUGGAUUCUAUGUUACCAGAUUUUUGGUGGGUGCCUUAGAAGCCGGCUAUAUCCCUGGUUGUCUUUAUUUUCUCAGUACAUGGUACAAGAGAUCUGAACUAGGUUUAAGACAUACUUUGUUUUUCUAUGGUAAUCUUACCGCCUCAGCUACCAGUGGAUUAAUUGCAGCCGGUAUCUUGAGAGACCUCUCUGGUGUUGGUGGUAUGAGUGGAUGGCAAUGGAUCUUCUUUGUCGAAGGAAUAGUCGGUGUAGGAUUUUCCUUUAUAUUUUUUGCAUUUUUGCCUGAUAGCGCUGCCCACCCUGCCGCAUUUUGGAACAAAAGGUGGUUUUACUUCACCAAAGAGGAAGCUAGAAUCUUACGUGACAGAAUCUACGUAGACGAUCCUGCCAAGUCCGUGUCUACUAGGACAACUAACCACAAAGAUGUUUGGGAAACUUUUAAGAAACCCAUUCCUUGGUUGCAUGUGUUAAUCACAAUUUCCUCUAUGCAGACCACUGCUGCCCUGUCGAGUUAUAUUCCACUUAUUAUCAGAUCUAUGGGCUUUGGUGUAUUUGAAUCCAAUGCCAGAUCUUCCAUUCCACAAUGGUGUUCGAUGGUACUGAUUUUGCUUUUGAGUAUCUCAAGUAAACACAUCAAGCCCAGAGGUGGUUCGAUUGCAUUUGUGUUGAUUUGGCAACUGGCUGCACAAAUUGCUCUUAGAGAGCUUCCGGCUUCAGCCUCUCCCACCGCAAGGUUCACCGCCCUGUGUUUCCUGGUGACCGCUGUUGCCAAUGGUCACAUUUUGAAUACCUCCUGGUUGAGUGUCAAUAUAAAAAGUCCUAGGGAGAGAAGUAUUGCACUUGCUAUGCUUAUCAUGGCCGCCAAUAUUGGUGGUAUCUGUGGUGGUCAAAUCUUGCGAGACAAUGAUAGACCCUUGUAUAGAAAGGGAUUCCUGGCUCUUAUCAUCUUAGACGUAUUUUCUGUUUUGCUAGUGUUUUUCACCAUUUGGUACUACCACAAUCUGAACAGAAAACUUGAAAAGCUACACGGAAAGGAAGAGCUAGUUGACGAAGAGGAAGAGAAGGAGGCAGAAACUGUCGAAUCAUUGCAUGAAACGGUGUACGUUGGAUUCAACACGUCUGAGGUCAUGGAUAAGGAGGAAGAAGAAAACACUUUUGUCAGAAAGCCUAAGUACAGAUAUAUUCCAUAG